AUGGCUAUAUUUCAUGCCAUUUUCUCAAAUAUUACAAGAAAAGCGAAUAUAGUAGAGCAGAUGUUCAAAAUGAUGGGGAACCACUCGAAUAGGUUGGAACAACAGGUGAGUCUGAUUGGAGGAACUGAAGAAAGACGAGAGAAUAAAAAAACUUCUUAUCUGUCGUAUGCUGCCUCCUUGAGUUUUCUGCCAGUUGGAUUUUUCACCAACCAAAUGGAAGGGAUUACUGAUUUAUACCGCAUGAUUUCUGGUCGUAAGAAAUGA